AUGACCACCAUACCAGAUCACCCAUCCCUGGCUCGGAUUCCUCCAGGGUACAGGACAAAACUGAGCCCCAAAGCAGUCGACAUCAUUGCAAAAGUAUACGAUUGGGUCGAAAAUGAAUGCAUUCCGGCAGAUCACAUUGUCAAGGCGCAAUUGGCAGAGAAACCUUGGGCAAUGCCGCCAUACAUCAAGGAGCUGAGAAAGAAGGCAAAAGCAGAAGGAUUGUUCAAUCUCUUCCUCCCGAACCACUUCAAAGAAAGCCCGGGGCUCACGAUCCUCGAGUACUCAUGCUGCUGCGAGCUUCUUGGGCGAGUUUAUUGGGCUCCGAUGACGCUCAAUUGCCAUGCUCCGGAUACCGGCAACAUUGAGCUUUUGGCCAAGUACUGCACAGAGGAGCAGAAGAAGAAGUGGAUGCAGCCUCUUCUAGACGGAGAAUGCUUGUCCGCCUACUCAAUGACAGAACCCGAUGUCGCUGCUUCCGAUGCAACGAACAUUUCGUGCCGCAUUCGGCGGGAAGGCAACGAGUAUGUGAUCAACGGCCGAAAACUGUAUGGCAACUGGAUUGGAAAUGAGGAUGUCAAGUUCUACAUCCUGAUGGGAUGCUCUGACCCAGACAAUCCGGAUCCUUGGAAGCGGCACUCGACCGUCAUUGUGCCCAGGGAUACUCCAGGAUUGAAGGCGGUUCGAUACAUGACGAUCAUGGGCUAUGACUGUGCUCCAGAGGGACAUGGUGAGUAUGUGUAUGAAAAUGUGAGGAUUCCCGUGGAAAACAUCAUUCUGGGAGAAGGCCGGGCAUUUGAAAUCGCUCAAGGUCGACUAGGACCUGGGAGAAUACACCAUUGCAUGCGUCUGCUUGGUCAAGCUGAGCGCGCAUACGAACAUGCACUCAUCAGAGCUACGGAUGCGAGAAAGAAACCCCGCGGCAAGUUAAUUGGUGAGUUCGACAGUAACAUCGAGCGGCUUGCCGACAUGCGCAUGGAGAUCGACGCUCUUCGCCUGGUUGUUCUGAACGCCGCAGAGACCAUGGACCUGAUGGGCAACGUCGCCGGGAGAUAUGCUAUCGCACAGGCGAAGAUCAUGGUGCCUCUGGGCGUGACCAAGAUUGUGGAUGAGUGCAUGCAAAUGUUCGCCGGGCAAGGACUCACGCAGCACACAUUCCUUCCUGAAGCUUGGACGUACGCCAGGUUCGCACGGAUCGCGGAUGGGCCAGACGCUGCACACAAGCAUCAAGUCGGGCGAGAUCAGCUGAAAACCGCACCUGAGGAUCCUUCUGAAUACCCUCAGGCAGUGAUGGAGACCAUGGCCGCCGAGGUGCUGCUGCCCCUCCAGCUGUCAACCGGCCCUCCGCCGACGGGCCGCAAGCCCAAGCAGAUCAGCGACAAGCGACGCGACAAGAAACGGGUGGCCGACCGACACUGUCAACGCCAGGCUCGAGCCCGCACCAAGAACAAGAUCGCCGAGUUGGAGUCUCUGGUGGCACAUCUGACGAGCCAGUCCGGCAACGAGGUCUGCAGAGAACUGAGGGAGCAGCUCGAGAGCGCCCGCACCGAAUGCCGGUCGCUCAAACGCAAGCUCGCGACGAUAUAUUCGCUGGCCCAGAUCAACCUGGACGAGGAGUCCGAGGCCCGUCUGGACAUGGCGGAGAAGGCAACUAACCAAAGCUUGCCAGAGCGCGCCGAGUUCUCUCCGUCCUUUUCUCUCCUCAGUCCGCUCAAGGCGUCUCCGGCGGUCGCGGACGAUCUCCAGCUCGAAGGCACGGGCGACGCUGGCCGUCCGCCGCGUGGGCCCGUGUGCAACGUCCACGGUGAGGCUGAAUACGGCUUUCCUGUCGAUGAUAGCCUCAAUUUAAACUUUUCGGAUGCCAUGUUCGAUGAACAAACCUUCAAUCCGAUGGGGUUAGGGCAAGCACCACCUCAGAUGGACGAAAUGGCUGGCCCCCACCACAGUAACACAAUCACCGUAGCAGCCACAGCCACCACCUCUAUCCCUCUUUCGUUUCCGGAAAGUGGGUCCUCGUGCACGUGCGCCCACCACCUCCAUCCUCACAAGCAGGCCAACAUGUGGGCGUUUGUGAGCGAGACGUUGAUGGAUUGGAAGACGCACAACUGGCCCAAGCUCAAGAACGAUGGCACUGCCGACGACAUCGCCGUCCGCGCCGUCAUCGAAGGCUGGAAUGAGUCCACCAUGGGCAACUUAAGCGCCUCGUGGCGCAUCUUGCGCGAAGUCGACGAGAAAGUAUGGGCCCAGUCUCGCGACGUCGAUCGCCUCGCCGUCCUCUGCAUCAUGAACUUGCUGCUCCAGUGCCACCUCAAUCCCUCAGAGGAGAAUCUCUUGAGGCUGCCUGCAUGGUAUAGGCCAAGGCCGUCGCAAGUGGCUCAGAAACAUGCCUAUGCCAUUGACUUUUUCGUUUGGCCGGGUAUCCGUGAGCGAUUUGUCUAUCACUAUCACAAGUAUUGUUCCAACAGGUUCUGGUCUCUGCUGGCAGAACAUUUCCGCUUCGUCUGGCCAUAUGACCUCCGUGAUUGUUAUGUCCACAAUCGAUCCACCAAUAGGUAUCAGCUGUCAGAGCUGUUCCGCCGCCACCUCAAUGACCUCACAUCCUUCACCUUUGAUAAAGACAUGUUUGGCAACUAUCCGGAAUUCGACUGCGACAUUCCAAAGUACAUGAAAAUUCCGCAAAGUCUGGGUCCCAAGCAACUGGCCAAUCAGCGACAUAGAAAGAGGUAUAUUGAGACGCCUGGGAACCAGAAGUUGAUUGGAUUUACGCCUAUGCCUCCGAUCGGCCCUCAGGACCAGUGGUACAACAUACCACCCGACAACAUGACGAAAAGCCUUGGCCCCGGAUUGUGGGGUCUACCCAUGCCCACCAAUCAGUAUCUCUAG